CAAACCACUCGAGAUUGUACCGGCAGAUAGGAUCCGACUUUGUAUAUAAAUAUAAGACGCGAGGGGGCUCCUGAUGAUCUAACAUUCCACUAAUGAGAUGAAGGCCUCGACGCUACGUAAGAUCGCGGUCGCUGUAAUGUGCUGUCUGGUCGCGGUCGCGGCGCGGUCGGUGAAGGACCAGCCCCCGGCCGCUGGGGACGCCCUCGCCGCGUACAUCGCCGGCGCGCGCUCCGAGCUGGAGCCUCGGUUCCGGCUGCACUACCACCUGAUGCCGCCCGUCGGCUGGAUGAACGACCCCAAUGGCUUCUCGUACUACAACGGACAGUUUCAUAUGUUUUAUCAGUUCUACCCGUACGACAGCGUGUGGGGACCUAUGCACUGGGGGCACUCGAUUAGCUCUGAUUUAGUUCACUGGGAAGAACUUCCCACCGCGUUGAUUCCGGAGAAUGAAAUGUGCUUCUCCGGCAGUGCCGUGGAUGACGAUGGUGUCUUGACUCUGAUCUACACGGGGCGCGAGACCAUAGCACAGGAACCGUUCUACCGUGAAGGCCAGUAUCUAGCUUUCAGUGACGAUGGGGUCAAUUUUCAUAAAUAUAAAGGCAAUCCCGUACUUCCAGCGGCGCCCAACGGAUCGCCAGACUUUCGUGACCCCAAGGUUUGGAAACAUGGAGAUUAUUGGUACCUAAUAGUUGGAAGCAAAACGUCAGACGAAAGGGGGAGAGUGCUUCUGUACAAGUCUAAAGACCUGAAGGAGUGGGAGUUCUUGACAGUUCUCGGUGAAUCGAACGGAGACAUGGGCUACAUGUGGGAGUGUCCUGACUUUUUCGAGCUAGAUGGUAAAUUUGUACUGUUGAUGUCUCCUCAAGGACUGGAAGCGAAAGGAGAUCGGUUCAAGAACACGUAUCAGACCGGGUACAUUAUCGGAACCUUCAAUUAUACUACAUACGAGUUUAUACAAGAAGUGGAUUUUCAAGAAAUCGACUAUGGCCAUGACUUCUAUGCGACCCAAACCCUGGAACACGAGGGCGAGCGAUAUCUGGUGGCCUGGUUUAGCAUGUGGGAGGUUCCGCACCCCGAGGCUGACGACGGCUGGGCCGGAGCUCUCACCAUCGUGAGGCAGUUGGAGCUUAGAGAUAACCGGAUCAUCAUGAGACCGGUCGAGGAAAUAGUUCAGUUGAGAGAGGAAUUUCUGAUGGAUGGAGAGUUACAUUCGGAUGAAGAGACCGAGCUUCCGAGAGCUACGGAGUUGAUCGUCCUCGGUGACCUCAGUGAAGACAUUGAGUUGUUGCUGGAAGGUGUCGACGGAGGUGACGCAGUGAGGCUGAGGUGGGAGGCGCGCUCCCAGCACGUGGUGGUGGAGCGCGGCGGAGACGAGCGCCGCGCCAGCUGGCGUCCCGCGCGUGGCGCCACCUGGCGGCUGUUCCUGGACGCCAGCAGCCUGGAACUGUUCUGCGGCGAGGGGGAGGCGGUGUUCAGCACCCGGGCGUACCCGCUGGGGGGCUGGAGACUCACCAACAGGAGCCGCGGGCCGCUACACGUGCAAGCGUUCAGAUUGGGCGCAAGUGUACCCACGUGACGGUAGGAACGGCGGGGACGGCGGGGUGUUAAUGUGUAAGAUAGCUGUAUCUCUUAAUUUAUUAAAUAAUAUUAUGAAGACAA